UAUUUCCAGUUAUAUUUAGCUUAUUAAAACCUAUUCAUAGCCAAGCUAUUUCCUGUUUGCGUCACCGUUAGACUAAUUCAAAGCAACGUUCUAUAUAUAACUUCUUAAUUACAAAAUUAAGUAGUUAUCCAUAUUACAUUUUGACCUUGGAAUGACGUAAUCUUUCUCUUUCUGAUUGUUGAGUGGGAAUUUGAGAACGUAGCACUCAAAAGCGUAUGUGUGAGUGGUUUUCGUCAGUUAAAGUACGAUAGCCAUCCAAUACCUGCCUAAAUGCUUUUGAGAAGUCAUUCUAUCCAAUUAUUGUCUCUCAAUUUUGUUCCUGAACGUGUAAAUAGUACACACGCAUUACUAGGGGUACACUAACCCCUUGCUAAAAAUCUCUCAAACCUUCUCUCUAUUUCAGAAUCGUAUUAUUGAAUCAAAGACAUGGUUAACUCGACCAACAACUCCACCACCAACUCAGAUGUGGUAAAAGAGGGUGGCCCAACUAUGCGCGCGUUGUUUGGCGUGGUGGCAGGUCUAUCCCUUGUUGGUAACUUACUCUUGUGCAUAGUGAUAUUACGAAGAAGAACCAUGCUUACCAAGACCUACAACAUACUCAUCUUUAACUUGGCUAUCGCAGACAUGUUGACAGGUGUUUUUCUAUUCAUGACUCCUGGUUACGUCAUCGCCCAAGAAUCUUUUCCACUCCUCCACGGCAACAGCGGUGACAUAUUCUGUCGAAUCGUGUUUUCAACAUAUUUUCUCUUUUGUUUUGGCAAAGCAUCAAACGCCACUGUCAUGUGCCUGGCUAUUGAUCGUUGGUAUUCUGUCAUUAAACCAAUCAGGUACAAGAUCGCGUUCGGGAAACGCCGUCUCCUUGGUUACAUUGCCCUUAUAUGGAUAUCAAGCGCAUUCACCGAGGCUAUUGGUUUAUCUAUCACCAAGCUUGAGAACGGACGAUGCAAGUGGGUUGAUCCGCCCUAUGACUACAACGCUGAGCGUGUUUUCUUACUCGUCCACGUGAUGGUCACGUUCUACAUUCCAAGUAUCGUGACCUGGGUCUCGUUUGCCCAAAUAUGGUACAACCUGUCACACACCACCAUAAAUAACCAAAAUCAUGACAUCAGGGCUAAGAAACUCCUCGUGCGCAUGUGCGCUUUGGCAGCGUUCUUCCUGACACUUUGUUGGUUUCCGACCGAAACUUUUUUCGUCCUCAAGAAAUUUAACGUGCUUAUUCUGCCAGAUAUUUGGUACUGGGUGUUCAACCUGCUGGGGAUGUUCAACUCGUGUAUAAAUCCAUGGGUUUAUUGUCUUAGCAACAAGCAGUACAGGAGAGAGUUCCAAAGAAUUGUUCCAAUCGUUCUUUCCUGGAACGAACAACGGGGCUCAUGGCGACCGACGCACCCGACCAACUUCAGGCAAAAAGUUGGUGCCUGGGAUUCUACUAUGGGCGUCCAAAACAUGGGCAUCGAGGCUAAUGACUCCUCGAAAAAUGCCGCGUCAGUUAAUUGAAUAGAAAACCAGUCUAAUAAGAAAUGCAUUUGUAAAAUAAAUUGCUUGGUAUCAAUCGGCUGAAUGGACCUCAUGAAUCUUAUUUCCAACCUACAAUGACAGACAAACUCUGCCCGUCAUGUGCUAUCAACCAGAGAGUAUUCUAUUCAAUCAGCUGAAUAGACCUCAUCUAUUAUCAGCCUUCAGCGAAGGGCAAACACUGCCCUCCAUGUUCAACCAAACAGGUACAUUUCUAUUUAAAACUUCCCCUUCACCUGAUACUGAAAUUUCAUACGAGAACAAAAAUGACGUCUUAGCUGAAUCAAGAAUAAAGUUUGUUUGGUCUAAAAUGUUGUACAACCAAGUUCCUCUGCAAAAAAAAGUCAAAAAGAACCAAAAAUACAAUAAUAAAACAAAUAAUAAAAAUAAUACGUGGAAAGAAUUUUUUAUCGUCAUGAAAGAACCCUGGCGGUGUAUUUGAAUAGUUUUGCAGGCAGACUGCUGUAAAAGUAAAAUAAAAAAGUAAAAUGCA